GAGCUGCGGAGCCGCCGCCGCCCCCCGCCUCCGCGCCCUCCACCCUGCCCGCGGGGCACGGGAGCCGGUGACGGGAGCGAGGCGGAGUCUGGAGGGAAGAUACCGAGAGAUAGAGAUUUAAAUCACAUCCCCGGCUGUAGAAGGGGCAGCAGCAGCAGCAGCCCCGGCGCAGAGGUACGGACGCACGCGCCGAGACAGGUCUGCCGGCUCCGCCGCCGCUGCUGCUGCUGCUCAUCAUGGGUGCCGCCGCCGCCGAGCCCCCCAGCGCCAUGGGCCUCGUGUCCAGCGUGGUGAACGACACCCUCGAGUUCUAUCGCUGGACCUGGAGCAUCCGAGACAAACGUGUUGAUGAUUGGCCCUUGAUGCAGUCUCCAUUUCCAACACUGACUAUAAGCACUAUUUAUCUCCUCACUGUCUGGCUGGGCCCCAAAUGGAUGAAGACGAGAGAGCCCUUCCAGUUACGCUUCCUGUUGGUUGUUUACAACUUUGGAAUGGUUCUGCUCAACUUCUUCAUUUUCAAAGAGCUGUUCUUGUCAUCAAGAGCUCGAGGGUACAGCUAUGUCUGCCAGACUGUGGAUUAUUCAGAUAAUGUUUAUGAAGUUAGGAUAGCUGCUGCUUUAUGGUGGUAUUACGUCUCUAAAGGAAUCGAAUAUUUGGAUACAGUAUUCUUUAUCCUGAGGAAGAAAUUUAACCAGAUUAGUUUUCUUCAUGUCUAUCACCAUUUCACCAUGUUCACCUUGUGGUGGAUUGGUAUUAAGUGGGUUGCAGGUGGGCAAGCUUUUUUUGGAGCUCAAAUGAAUGCAUUUAUUCAUGUCAUUAUGUACAUGUAUUAUGGAUUAGCAGCUUGCGGCCCUAAAUUUCAGAAGUACCUGUGGUGGAAACGAUACUUGACCAUAUUGCAAUUGGUGCAGUUCCAUGUGACUAUUGGCCACACAGCCUUGUCUAUUUAUAUUGAUUGUCCUUUCCCUAAAUGGAUGCACUGGGGUGUCAUUUUCUAUGCUGUCACCUUCAUUUUCCUGUUUGGUAACUUCUACUAUCGGACAUAUAAGCUGCCCAAGGAACCUGUAAAGAAUGGAAAAAUAGCAAAUGGUGCUGUUGCAAAUGGAGUAAGCAAACCAGAAAAUAAUGCAGUGGUGGAAAAUGGAAAAAAGCAGAAAAAGGGAAAAGCAAAAGGAGAGUAACUUGAUCCAGGCCUUAACCGUUGUUGGCAGUGAGGAACCUCCGGUUUGGUUUAUAAAAGGAAGAAAAAAACACUAUCUGUACCAAUUAACCUUAGGUUACUGAAGAGCUAGAACACAGAUAUUUUCAUUAUUUAUGAAGAUUGUUUUAAGAACAACACUAAAGUUGAAUUUCUAUUGUAAUUAUGUAAUUAUCAUGCAUAUGGUCUCUGUGUAAACUUGUAGACUGCUGGUGUUGGUGAAUGUAAGGAAGAAUUGCAGUUGAUUCCAUGUUUAGCAGUCCAAAAGUUAAUACUACCAUUGGUAAAGGCAGUUUUGUUGGCACCCACAUUUCUUUGGGGGGGAGGGGAAGGAAGUAGCGUUUGGAUACUUGUGUUUUCCUUCCAGAAAACUAUUAAAUUUCAAAUUAUGAUAUAUUAUCUAAUCAGAAUGUGCAACUUUUCUUGUCCUCCUUGGAGGGUAUCUUCAGACGCAUUAUGUGCUGUCAGAACAGUGUUUGAAUUUUCAGACAUUACUUGAUUUAAUUGAGUAUCUGUUACAGUUUGGUUUUUGUUUUAUUUUUUUUUCUUGUGUGGAAAUAUACCUACCUCUUCAUCUGCUGAAAAGAAUAUUGAGCAUUAAAUAACUGGUUUCUGAAAUAUGGAGUCUUCUAAUCUAAAUAUCUGUUAACACUAAUUCAGAAGAAAAUGAUUUCCUGUGGGAGUAAAAGGGAUUUUUUGUGGUAUUUUUUGAUCAAGUCAUCAAUGACCUUUUUUAAUGUAAACUGAAAUUUUGGAACAGUACUUUUAGUAUAGCUAAAUCAAGGAAACAUUUUAAGAAUAUAUCAAUAUGAAAGAAUAUAUUGUUUGAAGCAAUCAGUAAAAGUAGGCUUGCUGCUUGUUUUUCAUGACCUGCAUUAAACCUGUGGUGCUGACUGAUACUGAAAGUGGUAAGAUAAUGUUAUGGUGGAAAGAAAACAACAACAUGUAAUUCCAUUUAGAAAUGCUGCGUGCAUGAGCAGUCAUGCUAUCUACAAGACCAUCACUGUACUGGGAGAGGAAUUGGGAUUAAAAGUACUAAAUACAGCAAACAUAAAACGUUGAAAAUGCUGUUACUGCUGGAUACCUGUCAAAACUCAAUUUGUUAGACACUUGCAAAGUAUUGCUGGUAGACGGGCCACCAUUUUUAGUCAAAACUGCUAAAAUAAGGAGAAACCUUUUAGAUGGAUGUUCAUUUGCAUGUUAUAUAAAGGACUUUUUACUGUUCCUUUUGGAAAGAAAAUAGAGAAAGAGUUAUUGGCCUUUUGAAUUCUGUGAUUACUAAGAGAUGUUUUGAGCUACUCAGCAUGCAGUGAGUAUAGGACAGAGAUGGAAUUAGAAACCAUGUCCUGAACUCCUGUGUUCCUUCCUCAUCACUUUAUGAGCUGCAUUGUUGCUGUCCAAAAGCAUUCCCCCCAGCCCUGGUCAAAAACAUGUUCACAGGUAGCAACAACCUUGCAUCUGUCAAGUGGCACUAUUAUUGCAGGAAAAAGUACAUGGAGCUGGAGAUGUAAAGUGUGUGACACAUUUAAUAGAUUUUUGCAUCUCAAUUAUCCAUUCAUCUGUUUAUAGUGCACAAGCAGGUCACAUCUUCUAUGUCUCAGAUUUGUCUCUUUUCUCUGUACACAAAAAAAAAAAAAUCUAAGCCCAAAAAACAGGUCCUAGGAAAAAAAUUUUGGAUAUAGUCUGUUGUAUUCCAAACUAGUUUGUAAUGCUGGAGUUGGUUCAGCUGAAAGGUGGUUCAUCCAUAAUCGCCACCACUGUGGAUUUUAUGGCAGGAUAUAGAAUUGUGAAAGAAUGUCUGCUGAACUGUAAUGUAUGUGACCAUUAAGUUUCUAUCUGUUGUGUCUUGUGAUUCUUCCAGCCUUUGUGCUGAUGCUUUUUGCAUUUGCAUAACUCUAUGUAUUUUUGUAGUGUAGCAUGAGGAAGAGGGACAGCGAUCUAUGCUUCCUUCUUGGACAAAUGCCACUACUCUUAACCAAGCCAAAAUGCUGGCUGACUCGGUGACUUUGGAGUAGCUAAAGGAGUAAAUAACUACAAAGCAAAUUUACAGCAGACCUGCUACUCCAAGGUAAUGGGUGGUGUGAAUACACUUACCCUACUGUAAAUUCAAGGUAGUUUGCCUCACUUUGAUUAAAGGGUAACUUCUUUUUAUUUGCCAUGGGAUGUGAGCAGCUAACUUUCAAUCUGUAUCAUUCCUUGAAUUAUGUUAAAUUGGUUACAUGCUCUAUCGUUCUUUCGAUAAGCCAGAUCAGAUAAACUGAUACUCUUAGUGUGAUCUAGCUCUGUAAGAGCAUACUGAGGAGUAUUCCAGUACAGGUUCAAUUAUGUCUUUGCUACACUUUCUAAAUUAAGGAUUAUAUCUUGCAUAAUGGCAGAUAUUUAAAUAACUGAAAGUUAAAUCUUUCCUUCCCUCAUCAUGCAUGGAAGUGGCUUAAAUUGAUUAAAACUUGAACCUUAUUAGCAGAACUUGAGUAGGAACUUACUGUCAAACUCUGGGGCAAUUGUUAACUUCUAAGAAAAAGUGAAAAAGCACAUUGUGAGAAUGCAUGGGUACAUAAACAUCAUGUUGUCUGGCCCUGUGCAUAAAACCAGUUUGAGAGAUCACCAUUUCAUGGGGAAAAAAAAGUUAAUUGCUGGAACACUGCUGUUUCGAGUACAUCUUCUGCAAUAUGACUUUCCUAGCUCUAAUAAUGAUAUAUUUGAUUGUUUGUGUAACUAAAGUCCCGUUACAAUCUUGAAUAUAAUGGCCUUAUUAAAUGUGCAUUUUU